GUAGAUCCGUUUCCGCAGCAAAACCGGAACUGUAGCAGUAGUGAUUGAUACCCGGGGAACUUGUAUCUGUUGCACCAUUAUUUUCGUGUUGUACUUGACGUUUUGUAACAUGUUGCUGAAGGGUGUACGUGCACAUACCCGCAUUAUUUGAGUCAGGUGAAACAUACCUGUCUUGUGGGGCAUUUCACUUAUAACUCUAGGAUUAUGCUAUUACCAUUCCUUCUCCGUGGGUGCACUGCAAUGCACUAUGUACAGCAAGCGCUUUCUAGCACUCGGCUCUGCAUCAAUUGUUGCAACAUCAGAGGACUAGCUACUUCCAGUGGCCACCUCUUACUCAGGAGGACCCCACAACGAUUCCUCAACCAGACACGAGGAGCUAAAACUCACAAAAGGAAACAGCAGAACCAGGAAGAUGACUGGAAGAAAAGGAACAAGACCGUCCUCACAUAUAUCGCGGCUGCUGGAGUGGGAAUGAUUGGCUUGUCAUAUGCCGCUGUUCCACUUUACAGACUGUACUGUCAAGCAACAGGGCUGGGAGGCACAGCAGUAGCAGGACAUAAUACAGAUCAAGUGGAGACGAUGAAGCCAGUCAGGGAACGUAUUAUUAAAGUGACCUUCAAUGCAGACACACACGCCAGCAUGCAGUGGAACUUCCGUCCGCAGCAGUCAGAGAUUUAUCUUGUGCCAGGAGAAACUGCUCUGGCCUUUUAUAAGGCACGGAAUCCCACAGACAAACCAGUGAUAGGCAUUUCUACUUACAAUGUUGUACCUUUUGAGGCUGGACAAUAUUUUAAUAAGAUACAGUGUUUCUGUUUUGAGGAACAGAGGUUAAAUCCACACGAGGAAGUAGACAUGCCUGUUUUCUUCUACAUUGAUCCAGAGUUUGAUGAUGACCCGAGGAUGGCACGAGUUGAUACUAUUACACUCUCAUAUACCUUUUUUGAAGCCAAGGAGGGACAGCAGUUGCCCCUCCCUGGGUAUAGCUAAUUAUUUAUUAUUCAGAGAAUUUUCAUCAGAAUUAUCUUCAGGGGAGUGUGUUCAGUAAUUAUUUUGGUAAUGAUUACUGUAUAUGUUGUCACAUUUCACUUCUAUGUCUGUAUAGAUUGAAUCAAACAAAUAUAAAAAAUGAACGGUAAUGAAGA